CCACGUCAGACACAGUGCCACGUCAGCAGUGCCACGUCAGCAACAUGACGGGCCUGCCAGGCCAACUGGCCAAUGAGCCCAUUGUCGACUACAAAAAGCGCUUCCAGGCUCAGCUCACUGUAAUCGAGGCUGAGGAACAACGCCAGCUGGCAGCCAAGGCUGCCCAGCUACAGGCUGAUGAAGCGGCAGCAGCAGAGAAGCUCCAGCUACAGGCCGAAGCAGACGGAGAGGCCCAGGCUCGCCGCAAGGAAGCCCAGGAUCUGCUGCAGCGGCAUGAAGCAGCCAGCGUUGACAGACUCAAAUUCUGGCACUUUGAACCCAAUGGCGAUGACGCGACACCAGAAGAGCAGCAUAAGGAGUUUCUCUCCAAACUCGUGACACGGCUGUUGUACACUUGCAACUACCAACAGUCCGAGUUGGCGAAACAGUACCAGGACCUGACGCAACAGCAUCAAGAGUUGGCGAAGCUCCGCCGCACAGUGCAGAGCCACGAGGAUGCAACUCGGGCACUCAAUGCCCAAAUGUUGGACCUGGAACAGGCUGUACCAGGACCGGCUGCUGGGGCUUCCAGCAGUGCAACCUCUACCCGCCAACUGGAGGAACGCGUUGACCACGUAGUGGAAAUGCUCGGCGACAUCAGCACCUUCGCUGCGCCGACCACCAUCAGCAGUCAGCCGCAUACCUUGAAGACCGAGGUCCAGCAGCUGCAGUCGACGAACGCGGAUGACAAUCCGAAGAUGUACAAGAUGCCAACUUUCCAACUGGACAAGUUCGACAACUACACGCAGCAGGAUCCGGUCCUCUUGUGGGAAGCAUUCACAACGCAGCUCAGGAUUCUGCCCGUAGCCAAGCAUGCAUACAUCGACGCCCUGUUCCUGAACUCAAAGGGCGGAUGCCAGACCUGGUUGAGCCACCUGGCAACCUCCCACGGCGUCGAUGUACCAGACUUGAAGGACAAGAUCACAUGGGAGGAACUGACACGGCUGUGGAAGAAGCGGUUCAUUGUCGACGAUGCGCCGACACUCGCCAUGAACCGUUUGUUCACCAUGUCACAGGGCAACACUGCAACACGGGACUGGCUCACGGAGUGGCAGAAGAUUGCGGCAGUGCCGAAUCUGGACUUGCCAUUCAUACAUCUCAGACGUGAGUUCUACAACAGAUCCUGCGCUGCAUUGAGCCAGGCUCUUGGUGAUCGCAAGCAGUACUCCACUUUCGUUGAGAUUAUCGACAAGGCGAGAGAGAUCAUCAAGACCAACAGGUCAGCUGCACACGAGAAAUCAACAUGGCAGCCGACCUAUGUGGAGAAGGUACGAACUGGUCUGCGACAGCAGCACUUCGCUGCAGUCCAGUCGGACAGUGGAGAUAACCCAGCAGCCACUCCAGCAUCAAGUGACGGAGAUCAGGUGGCUGCUGUCCAUCCGCGAAGCAACAACAAGUCCCGCAACAAUGAGAAGGCGAAAUCCGCAUCGCAGGCCGGAAAUGGACAACCAGUACAAGUUCCAUGGGUCAAGUUCGGCUUGACCGAGGCGGAGUACAAGGACUAUGCUGUCCACUUGGUUCCACCGCUGGACCAACCGCUCCACGUGCAACAAUCUACCGCAUGCACGGUUUCAUUACCAUCGACAACCGAUUUGGCAGCUUCGCCGCCAUCUAUCGUCGGGGAUUCAUCGUCGUGGUCAAGACUUGAGGUGCUCGACCCACUGACGUUCACGGACUUCCAGUGGAUGCCCGUUCCCCCGACUGGACGAUUGCCGAAACCGCAUUGCAAUGUGCUCAUGGCACAACUGCGAGAUAACUUGCACACUGCAGGACCAGCUCCGUUGAUGGACGCCGGAGUAGAGGUUGUCGACCUUCACACUUACAUUGCGAAGAUCGAGCGCGAGUUCAAGAUGCAACGAUACGACGACAUCGACACACCAUUGCUAUAUGUACGCAUUCAGAUCGGAGAGGCGACCUGCAACGCCUUGAUCGAUUGCGGAGCAUCUCGCAACUACAUCAGCCAGGACUUCAUGGUGCGCGCCGGCCUUGGCCCACGCGUCCGGAGGAAGUCCCAGCCUACGCAAGUCACGUUGGCGGACGGUCACACUCACAAGUCCAUCGACCGGUGCAUUGACGCCGUCCCAGUGUACUUUGCCCCUCACGCAAGUGAGGCGGUGUCCUUUGACAUUUUGGACACCAAAUUUGACAUGAUCUUGGGCAUGUCAUGGCUGCGAAGCGAGGAUCACCCGGUGAACUUCUUCCACCGCACCGCUCACAUUCGUGAUCAGAACGGAGUACUAGUUCCAUGCACGGUGCCUCUUCCUUAUCCUUCGAUCAGCUGCCACGUGGUAUCCGCCACAAGCAUGCGAGCUUCCAUCAUCAGAGACAACAUCGAGGAGAUGGGGGUGUGUUUUCUCCACGCCCUCCCACCCCAUGACGCUUCAUCGACGGACUCACCUUCAGAUCCACGCAUCACCGAGCUUCUCAACGCCUACAGCGACGUGUUCGAAGGCCCGCACGGAGUAGUACCGGAUCAACCCAUCCACCACGAGAUCAUCCUCGAGGACGGGGCCGUACCUCCGCGCGGUUGCAUCUACCGAAUGAGCGAGGAAGAGUUAAGUGUGCUUCAGGCACAACUCGACGACCUUCUGGAGAAAGGCUGGAUUCGGCCUAGAUCAUCGCCAUACGGUGCUCCUGUUCUCUUCGUCCGGAAGAAGAACAAGGACCUGCGGUUGUGCAUCGAUUAUCGCAAGCUCAACGCGCAGACGAUCAGGAACGCCGGCCCUCUCCCACGCAUCGAUGACCUUCUCGAGCGAUUGGGCGGUGCCCAGUUCUUCUCUAAGCUGGAUCUCAAGUCAGGGUACCACGAACUCGAGAUUCGCAAGGAGGAUCGCUACAAGACCGCGUUCAAGCACGCGGCUAUGACAACGGAGUUCCGACACAUGCUGGAUCGGUUUGUACUUAUCUACCUCGACGACAUCCUGGUGUACAGCCGGAGUUUGGAGGAGCAUGUGGAACACUUGCGCACCGUUUUGGAGCGGCUACGACAAGCCAAGUACAAAGCCAACCGCGACAAGUGCGAAUUCGCGCGGCAGGAGCUGGAGUACUUGGGCCAUUAUGUGACACCGCAAGGCAUCCGUCCGCCCGCGGACAAGAUCGAGGCCCUACGAGUAUGGCCCGAGCCCACCAACACUAUGGACGUUCGUUCAUUCAUGGGAUUGGCGGGCUACUAUCAACAAUUCAUCACCGGAUACUCAAGGAUUGUUGCACAUAUGACGAGGUUACAGUCGCCAAAGGUGCCAUUCGUAUUCGAUGACGACGCACGACGGUCAUUCCAAGCACUUAAGACGGCUAUGCUCAUGGCACCCGUCCUUAGCAUCUACGACCCCACCCUGCCUACGAGAGUGACUACGGACGCUUCCAGCUACAACAUUGGGGCAGUCUUGGAACAGCACGACGGCGACGACUGGCACCUUGUGGAGUAUUUCAGCCACAAAGUGCCUCCCAUCAACUCACUUGAUGAUGCAAGGAAGAAGGAGCUACUCGCGUUCGUCAUGGCUCUCAAGCGAUNCCAUCAACUCACUUGAUGAUGCAAGGAAGAAGGAGCUACUCGCGUUCGUCAUGGCUCUCAAGCGAUGGCGGCACUUCCUCCUUGGGCGUCGUAGGUUCACAUGGGUCACAGACAAUAAUCCAUUGACCUACCACAAGA